AUGCUUUCUCGCGCCAUCCUCGCCUUGUGCGGUGUGACUCUCGUUCUUGCCCAGGCCAACUAUAGCUCGCCUUUCUUAGCUGAAUUCCUCAUUUUGCGCGAUUUCUCCAUUUCUACCGUUGGAGGUGACGCCAGUCACACUACAUACAACGUAAAAUGUGAUAGCGAUGUCACUCUCUGUUCACUUCCUGCUACCGGUGUGACUGUUUUCACCGGCCCAUCAUCUGUGGGACUCUCAUUCACUGAACCAUCCGAGACGUUUACUUCCUCGGUGGGCUGUACCUACAUCGAUUCCGGAGCCUCGGCGGUUUGUGUGACUUUACUUGCUGCUCCAGGUGAGACCGUCGAAAGCGGCUCUAUGGUUACGAGCAUGGUCACCUCUCGAUCUACGACUACCCUCCCUGCUGCUUCGGUUGAAUUGGGCUUCAAUACGCCUGCUGCUACUGCUGCUUCACUUACAACCGGGAAGACACAGUCCAUGAGAUCUAGUUCGACCGAUAGUGUUGCAGCAAAAACUAGCACUGCGACAAGUGAGACUAAGACAGGGGGUGCGACCGAGGCGUUUGGGCAUGGGAAUGCCGGUAUCUUUGCAGGUGCAGCCAUCCUUGGACUAGGUCUUUUAUAG